CUUGCAAGAAGCAGAGCAUGCAGAAAAAGCUCCGCAAGACAACAGUGCGGCUGCUGGACGGGUUUUGAAGCUACAGAGGCAGCAGAGCUUGUUGCGGAUUACAAUGAUUGCCACAACUCAACAAAACAUGACCACGGAGCUGGACCUGGGGAGUUCAGAUGGUCCCCCGCGGAACUGGAAGGGCAUAGGAAUAGCCAUGGUGGUGAUCCUGGCUGUUAUGUCUCUGGUCAUUCUCUCCGUCAUCGUCCUCACGCCCGAUGAAUCUCACUUAUUACUCCGUUCCCAUCUCACUAUGGAGGAUCUGGAGAGUGAAGAGUUCCAAGUACAUGACCUCUGUGUGGCAUGGUUGAACGAAAACGAAGUGGCUCUCCGCACUAGAGAAGGACACGUCCUGUCGUUUAGCCUCAACAGCAACCUCACCUCGACUCUGGUGGACAACAGCUCCCUGGACCUGACUGCUACUAAAUUUCAAGUGUCUGCAGACAAGACGUCUGUCCUCUUGGCGUAUAACAUUCGACCGGUGUUCUCUCAGUCCUUCACAGCCUCCUAUGCUAUCUACAAUGUGGCUAAUGGGGAGCUGCUGGAGCUUAAUCCUCCGGAGAGGGAGAAGGCAGUGCUACAAUACGCUUCCUGGGGGCCUCAGGGGAGCCAGCUGGCCUAUGUGUUUGAUGGAGAUAUCUACUACAAGCCGAGUGUGACCAGCAAAGCCCUGCGUCUCACAACCACUGACCUGGAGCAGAAUGUGGUGAACGGGCUCUCUGACUGGACUUAUGAAGAGGAAGUGCUCUUGACAUAUGUUGCCCACUGGUGGUCUAUGGACGGGGCCCGGCUGGCGUACCUCACCAUCAACAACUCUGCCACACCUGUGAUGGAAAUACCUCACUUCUUAGGUGGUCUCUACCCCUCCAAUGUGCUCUUCCCCUACCCCAAGGCUGGCUCAAGUAUCCCAUCAGUCAGUCUGUUUGUGGUGAAUCUGUAUGGUCCAGCUCACACUCUGGAGAUGAUGCCUCCUGACUCCCUCAGGGCCAGAGACAACUACAUCUCCAUGGUGACUUGGAUCAGCAGCACUCGACUCACGGUGCGUUGGCUGAAUCGUGCCCAGAACCAAUCGGUGCUCUGUGUGUGCGAGGCCACCACGGGGGCUUGCUCAGAGAAGCACAAAAUGGCCAUGGACAUAAUGCAAAACAAACGACAGGAUGUGCCGUUGUUUUCAGCAGACGGCUCUGUGUUUUAUACAAUCUUGCCAGCAAAACAGGGCGCUCGUGGAGAGUUUCAUCAUAUUGCUGGUCUUUCAGCCCAGCCUGUCAUCCCCUCUGUCCCGCCUCGCUUCUUGACAUCAGGGAGCUGGGACGUCACCUUGCUCUGUGCCCUCGACGAGACUGCUGGAAAAAUCUAUUUCCUGAGCGCAGAGGAAUCCAGACAAAGUAGACACCUUUACAGUGUGGACCUGGAUGGAGUGUUUCAGCGCCGGUGCAUCUCCUGCAACCUCAUAGAUGGAUGUCGCUUCUUUAAAGCUGAAUUCAGCCCCAAUCAAACCCACUUCAUCCUCUAUUGUCUAGGCCCAGGAAUACCUAAAGUGACGGUUCACAGUACAAAGGACCCCUCCAGAUACGUCGUCUUGGAGGAUAACAGCCCUCUAUCUGAUGCUCUGGAGGACAAGAGGCUUCCUGAGACUCUGUUCAGGACUCUCCCAGCAGACAACCAUGAUCUACACCUGAAGCUAUCUCUACCUCAGGGUUACGAGACAAACCUGCACCCUCUCCUCGUCAUUGUGGAUGGCGUGCCUGGCAGUCAGUCGGUGACAGAGGAAUUUGCCCUGGACUGGCCUCAGGUCCUCUCCGGCACUCACAAUGUGGCCUUGGCCUGGGUGGACGGGAGGAGUGGGGUCGGCCGUGGACAGAAGACCACCAGCGUGGAUCCGCGCAAGCUUGGCUCAGUUAGAGUCAAAGAUUAUCUGGGAGUUGUAGAGCUGUUGAUGCAACUGCCUUACAUUGACGAUCGUCGGAUGAUCCUCUAUGGCAAGGCAUUUGGCGGAUAUUUAACUCUCAAGAUGCUAGCUGCAACAGAUAAGCUCUUUCAAUGCACGGCCGCUGUGGCACCAAUAACUGACUUCAGACUUUAUAGUGCUGCAUUCUCAGAGAGGUAUCUAGGCCUUCCAGCUAAGGAGGAGCAUGCUUACUCGACUGCCUCUUUGCUGGAGGAGGUUAACAAGCUAAAAGAUGAGAAUUUCCUUAUUCUUCAUGGAACUGCAGAUGCGAGAGUACACUUCCAGCACAGCGCGGAGCUCCUGAGCCGACUGGUGAAGGUGGAAGCCAAUUACUCACUGCAGCUGUAUCCAGAUGAGGGCCAUGUUCUGAGGGAGGCGCACAGCAUCCAGCACUUCCAGCGGACGGUGGUGAACUACCUCCAAUCCUGCUUGAAGCACGGCAUCCUCCUAGAUCCCGUAGAGGAUGACGAGGAGGAAGAUGACUGAGCCCAGAGCCCCUUCCCUCCUUCUGGAAGGACUAUCUUUGGACUGAAUGCAAUUUUAUGCAUUACCUUGGGUCGGAUUACCAGGCACAAGAGCAGAGGAGUGGGGACCAAACACAUUAGAUCACCUCGUACAACUUCUGGAAAAAUUGAUGUACUGUAUAUCUUGUUGCACAUAGUUAUUUUUGCUGUUAUACUGUAUGUUUGAGGCAGUUUGUUUACAAAAUUCACUUUAGAUGGUGUGGACUAGAAAAAUACUGAUUCUGCCAAAGGUUUACAAAGAUUUUAAAACAUGCAUGUCAUAAUGGCUGCAUGAUGUGGAUUAGUUUACAUUGCAUUUUCUGUGUUUUGCAGAUCCCAAUUUCACCCAUCAGGGUUAAAAGUAUAUAAUCUGCCAACAGCCGGGAACACAUUGGAAAAAAAUCCUUAUUUCUGGAUUACGGGAUCAUAUUCCGAUUCCUACAGAUUCCAUUCCUACAAAAUAAAAAAUGUACAAUAGACACAAAACAUUGUAAUCCUAAACUCUAAGAUAACAGGAAAUCUGGCCCUACUGGUCACUGUCCUGGUCAGACUCUCCACAAGCUCUAAGAUAACAUUGUAAAAUCUUAUUUUAGGUCUUUUGCACAAUUUAUUCCCUGCUUAAAUAAAGUUAAAUGACCCAUUUGGAUAAUUGUUAAUGUGCCAAAUACAUUUUGUGGACUUUUUGCAUCACUUGCAUUUUGUGAUGAAGAAUGAGUAUGCAACUGUAGCUAUUUACACCACAAGCUCUGGUUCAAGGACGAUGCAAGAACGUCUAUGUGGGACUGUCUUUUUACUGUAUUUGGAAGUAGGGUAUGUUUCUGUUUUGGUACAUCUUAGCAUUUUAAACAUUUCUCGUGUAUUGCAGAAUAAAAUUAUUUCUUUGAACAGUUUGUUGAGCCAUUACCUUACAGUCCACAAAGGAAGUUGACCGGAGUCUUGACCAUUAAACUAUCAACUGAACCAGACUGGUAAACUGCAUGCAGUAGGUUUGAAAACGAAUGCCCUUGAAUCUACACAACCGGCUACUCCUAUUUUCCAACACGCAUUGACAAUAAAGUUUGAACUUCUUGUUUUACAGCAAAAA